GUAAAACUUAUCGAAAAGAGGAUUGCCAAUCAGAAGUUAGGAGCAGAUCUCAACAACAUAGACAUCAAAGCAUCAACGGAUCAUUAUCUAAAAGAAGAGAUUGCUUGAAGAAGUCAGAAGAGAGACUUUCUUCAAAAUCUUUGGCUAUAUGGAAAUGCCCUCCCAAGUUCCAAUUAAAUGAGAAAUGGCUAGUGGUUGAUGGUGAGGAGAGUCAAGACGCUAGUAAGCAUGAGAAUAGGAAAAUGAGGGUGAUUGAGGCAGUUUUCCCUAACAAGUUUGCAAUUCCUCCAAAUUCUUACAACUUGUCUAACCUGGAACAAGGUUAUGAUGAUAGUCAAACUCAAAUAGUCAGAACCAUUUCUAUAGAAGAAGAAGCACCAUUGCAUGAUUUGACAGUUCUUAUAGCCACAGUUGUAGCUGCACUUCAAGAGCAGGGUAGUCUGAUUGAUGCCAAUUUAUUUGUUAGGCUUCUCCUCAACCGGAUGAAUGAACGUGGCAUGGCUACCAAUGUUGUUUCUCUCAAUGCUGCACAUGCAGAAUCUGCAAAAUUUGUGCCCUUGACAAUGACUAAGCCUAACAUUAGAGAGA